AUGCAACGUCCCCUCAAGCGUCAACGGACAGACGGCGCCGCUCCCGACUCUCUGUCGAGACCCAUAAGCCCUCCUUCUCACAAACGUCAGCGUGCCUCCGAAAAGAGAGUCUUCAGGUCUCCUUUCCAGCUCACCUGGAUUCGUGACCUCCCCCCACAUCUCAACCAAGAUGCUCUGUCCCUCAAGGAUCUCUUGGGUAAUCCUCUCAUACGCGAAUGCUGGCAAUUCAACUUUCUUCAUGAUGUGCCCUUCCUCAUGAACGCCUUCGACCCGGACACCAGGCAUCUCGUCAAGGUCCACAUUGUCCACGGGUUUUGGAAGUCGGAUGAUCCCCGCAGACUCAUGCUCUCGCAAGAGGCAUCCGAGUUCAGCAACGUCCGCCUGCAUUCCGCUCCAAUGCCCGAGAUGUUUGGCACGCACCAUUCCAAAAUGAUGGUUCUCUUCCGUCAUGACGGAACGGCGCAAGUCAUCAUCCACACAGCCAACAUGAUUGCAAAGGACUGGACUAACAUGACAAACGCCGUCUGGCGGUCUCCCCUUUUGCCAAAGCUGGACGAGUCAAGCAGCACCGCAUCGGAAGCUUCAGCAUUUGCCCCUUUUGGGAGCGGGCAUCGGUUCAAAUCAGACCUGUUGAGAUACCUGAAGUCGUACGACCGUCACAAGCGAAUCUGCAAGCCAUUGGCGGACGAACUCGCUCAGCACGACUUUUUCAGUGUCAAGGGAGCCUUGGUGGCAAGCGUGCCGGGAAAACACGACAUGAAUGCCCAACCGGAGGCGGCAUGGGGCUGGGCGGCCCUCAAGUCACGCCUCCAAUCCAUUUCGUGCGACGAGGGCGACUCGGAAAUUGUCGUCCAGAUAUCGUCCAUGGCCACUCUCGGUGCAAAGGACGACUGGCUACAAAAGACGCUGUUCGGCUCGCUCGCCGGCGGCGGAAAAGGUACGGCAAAGAGGCCGAGUUUCAAGGUGGUCUUCCCGACGGCUGAUGAAGUCGGGCGAUCGCUUGACGGCUAUGCAUCCGGGGGCUCCAUCCACACCAAGAUUCAAUCUCAACAGCAAGCCAAGCAACUCGGCUACCUCGAGCCAAUGCUCCAUCACUGGGCCAAUGACAGCCAUGAUGGAAGGGAGCUGCCGUCGGGGAGCGGCAUUCUAGACGGCGGGCGGCAACGCGCGGCCCCGCACGUGAAGACGUACAUACGGUAUAACGAGAAGAGGACGAUCGAUUGGGCCCUGCUCACGUCGGCCAACCUGUCGAGGCAGGCGUGGGGCGAGGCGGGCAAAUCGACGGGCGAAAUGCGAAUAGCGUCGUGGGAGAUUGGCGUGUUGGUCUGGCCCGAAUUAUAUGGGCAGGGCAGUGUCAUGGUGGGCUCGUUCCAGUCGGACACUCCCGGCAGCGGGCCGGAGACAGGGGCAGGGGGUGGCAGCGCCAUCGUGGGCCUCCGCAUCCCGUACAGCUUGCCGUUGCAGCGGUACGGUCCGCACGAGGUGCCAUGGGUGGCCAGCAUGAAUCACUCCGAACCCGACUGCCAGGGUCGCAUCUGGGAGGUGCAGAGACGGGUCUGA